AUGUCCGCGAAAAUGGCCACUUGGCUGCUCAUUGCAUCUAUCUCGUUCCUGCUCUGCUUUGCGACACCAAGUGCACAAGCAGCAAGCCUCAUGGGGCCAGUGGCAGUGCAGCCGCAGGAGUAUUAUCGUCCCAGUCCUCUACCCAGAUGCGAAGAGUGUCCCAGUGUCGACCAACUACGAGCGCCAGGAAUCGGACUGGCACUGGAGAUUGAUCAUGGUACUGCUGUGGUGAGGCUCCAUGAAUGGGAACUCUACGACGUUGCUUUGAUCGAAGGCGAUGCCGACUUCACCGCCCUUAUGCGCAAGUACGCGACUGGACCGAUAAAUCGCAGGCUGUCGAACAAACUUCUUGGCCGUCCAGCGACUCCAGAGACUGCUAUUCUUGCCUCCAUCGUAUCAAAGCUCAUCAAGGCCACACAAACUUGGCUGGACGAUGAGCAUGCUGUCGCCGCGGCAGUGCUGAGCUCUCCAGACCACAUCGCCUUGACCGACGAAGAGAUUGGCGACGUCUUCGACUAUCUGAAGAUCAACAACCUGAUGAAGGUGAAUGACCCGAAUCCACUCUACCAGCUCUAUGCCACGUCGGCUGCAUACGCAGGCUACGGCAAAGGCUUGUGUCAUACCUACACAGACGCAUAUGAAUGCGAACGAGAGGAAUGGAAGUUCCCAGAACAACGUGUGCUACAUGUUGAUCUCAAUCUCGAGGCUUUGAGCGGUACAAUCAAAGGCCUGCAGACGGCAAAGGAUGGAUCUGUAUCCGCGAGUUUUGUCGACCCGGAUCUGGGACUUGUUAGACUUGUCUUGCCGGCUGCGGACGAUACCGAACAGUACUGGACCGCCGUCAGCAAUCGAAUCCGAGAGCUUGCGAAGACUCUGGAGCGCUAUGUCUACAUGCCGUACGUGACUCAACUUCUCUUGACUGGUCCUUCAGCGACAAAUGAGCGGUUUCAGGCGGCUGUCAGGGAAGCAUUGCACGACCUCGUGAGAGACGAAAAUGUGCUCGACGUCCUUGAGCACGAUAACAUGGUUGCCAGUAAAAGCAAUGAAUGGAAAUCACUUUUCACCUUCGCGACCGCUCGAGGAGCAGCAGAGAUAGCCAAGCGUAGGCAGGGAGGCCCGGUCAACUGUGCUCAGAGCGAUGAGUGCAGACGGAGGAGAGAGGAUGUUCACGGCGAGCCGCAACCAGCUCUCGUGAAGCAACGGCCGGAGCUAUGA